AUGGCCGCUCCUCGCGAGGGCGGCCUGCAGCACAGCGGGAGCAAGAAGAUCGCCGUGGAGGGCAACAUCGCUGCAGGGAAAUGGACCUUUGUCAGCCUUCUGAAGCAAGCUGAUGAGGAGUGGGAGGUGGUUCCGGAGCCUGUGGCCAGAUGGUGCAGCGUUCAGCAGAGCUCUGAAGGGGAUCCUGAGGUAAGAUACAUCUUUGCAAGCAGCCUGUAUGAGUCUGGGUGCCUGAAUGGGGCUGAGUGGCCCAUCUACCAGCACUGGCACAACUGGCUGAGCAAGCAGUUUGGGCAGAGCCUGGCCCUGGAUGGAAUCAUUUAUCUCAGAGCCACUCCCCAGAAAGGCUUCAACAGGCUGUACCUGAGGGGAAGAGAAGAGGAGCAAGAGGUUCCCCUUGAGUCUCUGGAGAAGCUGCACUCCAAGCAUGAGAGCUGGCUCCAGCAGGGGCUGCUGCGAACAGAUUCUGAGUACCUCCAAAGAGUACCUCUUCUAACACUGGAUGUUGAUGAAGACUUCCAGGGCAACAAGGACAGGUGUGAUGACCUGCUUGAGAAGGUCAGAGGAUUCUUGAGCACCUUGUAAUCCUCUCUGAAGCACAGGCAGGGUCAAACUGUUCCAAACAUCUGUGCAAUCCCAGUCUGGAGUCCAACUGC